UGGGAUCGACUCUAUGACAGUUCAGCUGAUCAACAAUGGCAGAACCAGAGACUUCACCGCCGGUCCAGGCUGAUACUCCCAAAUCCAACAGCGUUGUAGCCGAAGGAUACGACAAAAAAUGUAUUUUCUGCAAGAUUGUGAACAAUGAAAUGGGAACGGAGCUCCUUCACUCGGAUGAAGAGAUCUCCUGUUUCAGAGAUAUCAGACCUGGAGCCCCUCAUCAUUACCUGGUUGUACCAAGCAAACAUGUUGGAAACUGUAAAUCACUCAGCAAAGAACAUGUGCCUCUGGUGAAGCGGAUGGUUGAGACAGGAAAGGAGAUUCUGCAGAAAAAUAAUGUGACAGAUUUCAGCGAUGUCAGGUUUGGUUUCCAUUGGCCCCCGUUCUGUUCAGUUACUCACCUUCACCUUCAUGUCCUGGCACCUGUGAGUCAGAUGGGCUUCAUGUCACGCCUUGUUUACAGACUUAACUCUUACUGGUUCAUCACGGCAGAUCAAUUGAUCGAGCUUCUUAACUCUAAAGCAGAGACAAAAUGACAAAACUCAAGAUGACGAAAACAUUUGCAGUUCUUCAUCUGCAGUUCUUCAGGAUGCCAUAUUGGAUUCUACACACUCACGUGGAGCUACUGUCCACAGCUAAUGGCAGUAUUUUCAAACUGGAGAUGCCUUUGUAUUAAAGAUUUUUUUUUUCCAUUUUAAUAUCCAGUUCUCUCAGACUGGACACCACGUACAGGUUUAAAUGAAGCCAAAUCUGUUCUUUCCUGUGUAGGAUAUUUUAUGAUAAUAUGUUUUAAAAUCUCCACUAAUUCUCCGCAACAGUAAAAUGUUCAUUUACUUCACGGACCAAGUUGAUGGCAUUCUUUUUUUUUUGCUGAAUGGAAUGAGGUGAGUAGAAUAAUAUACUUAUGAUGAGAUUGUAUAAUCAUCUCUAGCCCUAGUCAUGUGGGACUAGUAUAACCUGGGGGGCAGUGAUAGUUUGUAAUAACUGUGGAGGACGUCUGCGAUUUUAAUCCAGUGUGAAUUUUCAGUGUCUGUAAUUUGCAAAGUAAAUAUUCUAUUGCUGAUGAACUACACUAUUUCAGCAAACACAGAGGUCCUGUGAUAAUAUCAGUCCCAUGCAAAUCACCAUCUCUGUGGUUUAGUGAGAUUUUCUUUUCCUUCAUGCAUUUAUUUAUUCUGUUUCCUGGUCAAGGAUUAUGAAGGCUACCUGAUGAUGAUAAAUCAAUUCAGGAGGCUCAUGUCGUGGUAGAGCAUGACUAUUCAGAGACAGAGCAAUAGCAAACUCAAAUUCUUCAGAAGAGUGACAUCUCAAAAAACAAUGACAUUCAUAUCAUACAUGUCAUGAAGUACGGAAUAUUUUUAUCUUUUGCAGUUUCUGUAAGUGGUGAGCCUUGA